AUGGAGUUUCUUGGAACCACUCAGACCGCCAGUUACUGUGGCCCCAGGAGAGCCUGUGGCGUCAGUGCGCUGCCUCCGGCCGUGCCGGCCCCGGUGAUCCAGGAAUGUUACCAGCCCUAUUACCUGCCUGGGUACCGCUACCUCAACUCGUGGAGACCCGGCCUCUUCUGCAAGGUCUCCAACGCCCAGACCUGCCCGGAUGAGGGAAUCACGUGCAGAAGUCCCCUGAGGCCCCCCACCAUGCUGCCGGUGCUCCGCUCCGCGCUCGUCUGUCGCUACAGCCCCCGUGACUGGGACCAGUCCAACCAGCUGCAGCUUGGCGGGGCCGAGGCCUCGCGGCUGUGGGCCGGCCGGCUGACGGGCAACUCCAUGCGGCUCAUGCAGGACAAGGACCAGCUGACGCGCCAGAUGCAGGAGGGCACCUGCCGGAACCUGGGCCAGAGGCUGUCGGACAUGGGCUUCUGGAAGUCCGAGCUGAGCUACGAGCUGGAGAGGCUGCUGAACGAGAACCACAGCAUGGAGACCGUCAAGAAGCGGCUGGAGCGCGCGGCCGAGGAGCUGAACUGCCCACUGAAGGUGGCCCUGGAGUGUCUGUACCAUCGCGAGAAGAGGAUCGGGAUUGAUUUGGUCCACGACAAUGUGGAGAAAAACCUUAUCCGGGAAGUAGAUUUGCUAAAAUGUUGCCAAGAUCAGAUGAGAAAAUUAGCUCAAAGAAUUGAAAUCCAGAUGAGGGAUAACCGAGAUGCUCAGCACGCCCUGGAGAGGGACCUCGAGGACAAAAGCUCGGCCCAGUUUAUUGAUGAGAAGUGCUUCAACCUGAGGAACACAUCAGACUGCAUCAGCUUCUUCCAUGGCAUAGAGAAAGUCGACGGCACGAUCUCCGUGCCCGAGACCUGGGCCAAGUUCAGUAACGACAACAUCCGGCACUCGCAGAACAUGCGGGCCAACUCCAUCCGGCUGCGGGAGGAGGCCGAGAACCUGUUUGAGACCCUGUCGGAUCAGAUGUGGAAGCAGUUCACCAACACCAAUCUGGCCUUCAACGCCCGCGUCGCCGAGGUGACAGACGUGAGGAAUAAGCUGCAGACGCAGCUGGCUAAGACGCUGCAGGAGAUCUUCCAGGCAGAGAACACCAUCAUGCUGCUGGAAAGGUCCAUCAUGGCCAAGGAGUGCCCACUGAAGGUGGCGCAGACGAGGCUGCAGUGCCGGACCUGGCGCCCCAACGUGGAGCUGUGCAGGGACAUCCCGCAGUUCAAGCUCGUGAACGAAGUGUUCACCAUCGACGACACCCUGCAGACCCUCAAGCUGAGGCUGCGGGAGACCCAGGACACGCUGCAGCUGCUGGUGAUGACCAAGUGCCGGCUGGAGCAUGAGCUGGCCAUCAAGGCCAACACCCUCUGCAUCGACAAGGAGAAGUGCAUGGGCAUGCGCAAGACCUUCCCCUGCACCCCGCGCCUGGCGGGCUACACCUGAGCCGUCGCCACCGGCCCCUGGCGCGCUGCUCCACGCUGGGUCCUUAUGCAGCAUAAAAUUUGAAAAGGCAGAGAAACAAAAUAAAAGAAAGUGUCAUUUUCUCCCUUUUCUCCUAUCAUGAAAAAAAACAUAUGUAUAUAUAAAAAGCCAAAAUAAA